GUUCACGUUAGUAAAGCGAGUCGCACUGACUUCACACCGUGACAGUGAAAGUGGUGCUGAGAACAGCGCCUGUCAUAUUGCCAUGCCGUAAUACAACUCAGUACAGCGCCUGCGUGAAUAGGACAGGUCAGUGCAGACUGCGUUUUUGGAUCUGCGUGCGUUACUUUGUGGUCGGCCAUCCUGCUUAAAACUCUGUAUUAUGGAUUAGGGAAUGGGUGGCUGAGAAGCCACUGUAAAUCCCUGCUGGAGUCCGCUGAUCUGGGUUUAAUCACAGGACAAAGAUAAAUUGCACUGAGAGGAUAACAGACCGAAUUGGGACAAUGGAUACGAACAUGCGGAAAUUCACAGUUCGAAGAUGGUUUUCCGUGUACCUGCGUAAGAAGUCUCGGUCGAAAAGCUCGAGUCUAUGCAAACUAGACGAUGACAGCAUUCUAAAAGAAAUUGAUAUAAGCAACCAUGUGAAAGAAGGCUUUGAGAAGGCAGACCCUUCCCAGUUCGAGCUUCUUAAAGUUCUGGGACAGGGUUCCUAUGGAAAGGUAUUUUUGGUGAGAAAAACCAAAGGAACAGACACAGAGCAACUCUAUGCCAUGAAGGUGUUGAGAAAGGCAACUCUAAAAGUGCGGGACAGGGUGCGGUCCAAAAUGGAGAGAGACAUCCUCGCUGAGGUCAACCAUCCUUUCAUAGUCAAGCUUCACUAUGCUUUUCAGACAGAGGGGAAGCUCUAUCUCAUCCUGGACUUCCUUCGAGGAGGCGAUCUCUUCACCCGUCUCUCCAAAGAGGUCAUGUUCACUGAGGAGGAUGUGAAGUUCUACCUGGCUGAGCUGGCUUUAGCUCUGGACCACCUUCACAGCCUGGGUAUCAUCUACCGAGACCUCAAGCCAGAAAACAUUCUUCUUGAUGAGGAAGGUCAUAUAAAGAUCACUGAUUUUGGCCUGAGUAAAGAGGCGAUAGAUCAUGACAAGCGAGCAUACUCAUUCUGUGGGACCAUCGAGUAUAUGGCCCCUGAGGUGGUAAAUAGGAGAGGGCACACACAAAGUGCUGACUGGUGGUCCUUCGGAGUAUUGAUGUUUGAAAUGCUGACUGGAUCACUGCCAUUUCAAGGCAAAGACCGCAAGGAGACCAUGGCACUUAUUCUGAAGGCAAAGCUCGGCAUGCCACAGUUCCUAAGCUCGGAGGUACAAAGCUUACUGAGAGCCCUCUUUAAAAGGAACCCUGCCAACAGAUUAGGAGCCGGACCCGAAGGGGUGGAGGAAAUCAAAAGUCAUCCUUUCUUCACAACCAUCGACUGGAAAAAAUUGUAUAGAAAAGAGAUCAAACCUCCAUUCAAGCCAGCAGUGGGCAGACCUGAGGACACCUUCCAUUUUGACCCUGAAUUCACCUGCCGCACUCCAACAGUGUGUGUGUGCGUGCGCAUGUGCAUGUGUCUGCCCUCAGAUUCACCUGGUGUUCCUCCCAGUGCUAAUGCCCAUCAGCUUUUUAGAGGCUUCAGUUUUGUGGCCAGUAACCUGGGGCAGGAGCAAUCUAUAACAGAGACCAGGCAGAAUGCCAUCAAACCUAUAGUACAGCAACUCCACAGCAGCAGCAUCAAUUUCACCGAUGGCUAUGAGCUGAAGGAGGACAUUGGCAUUGGCUCAUACUCGGUGUGCAAGCGAUGCAUCCACAGGAUCACCAGCGUGGAAUAUGCCAUGAAAAUCAUUGACAGAGCUAAAAAAGACCCAUCAGAGGAGAUCGAGAUUCUGCUGCGGUAUGGACAGCACCCGAACAUCAUUACCCUGAAAGACGUCUACGAUGAUGGGAAGUGUGUGUACCUGGUCAUGGAGCUGAUGCGUGGAGGGGAGUUAUUGGACCGAAUCCUUCACCACAAGGGCUUCUCGGAGUGCGAGGCCUCUGCCGUGAUGUGCACCAUCACCAAGACCGUGGAGUACCUCCACUCACAGGGGGUCGUACACCGAGACCUGAAGCCAAGCAAUAUCCUGUAUGCGGAUGAGAACGGGGACCCUGAGUCGAUCCGGAUCUGUGACUUUGGCUUUGCCAAGCAGCUCCGAGCUGAAAAUGGCCUCCUCAUGACCCCUUGCUACACUGCUAACUUUGUGGCUCCUGAGGUUCUUAAGAAACAGGGUUAUGAUGCAGCGUGCGAUAUCUGGAGUCUGGGGAUCUUGCUCUACACCAUGCUCGCUGGAUUCACACCCUUUGCCAACAGCCCAGAUGACACCCCAGAGGAGAUCUUGGCCCGGAUUGGCAGUGGCAAAUAUUCUUUGACCGGGGGCAACUGGGAUAUCGUGUCUGAUGCUGCGAAGGACAUCGUAACUAAAAUGCUGCACGUGGACCCUCACCAGCGGCUGACCGCCCCACUGGUCCUCCGGCACCCCUGGAUUGUAAACCAUGAUCAGCUGUCCCAGGGUCAGCUCAUUCGACAGGAUGUGCAGCUGGUCAAGGGGGCAAUGGCUGCUACAUACUCUGCACUCAACCGAACGCCUCAGGCUCCAAAGCUCGAGCCCGUCCUCUCAUCCUGCCUGGCCAAGAGAAGAGGCAUGAGAAGACUGACGUCCACUUGCUUGUAGCUGGCCUCCCACCAAACAGUACCCCCUACAGGCUGUGAAGAUAUCUGUCCACUCACCAGUGGGAGAAGAAAGAGGCCAAUCAGCAGAGGAGAGUGAUCGAUGUGAUGGAGGAGGUGCACCAGAGGAGAAUUUCUCAACUGACUUCACUCCGCAGAUACACCUCAAGGAUCUCAGGGCCAGAUGGUUGCGAAUAUUAAUGCUGAAGGUAUUAAUAUUACAUCCAGAGCUCCCUCUGGAUUUUGCUGUGUUACCACUCUAAUGCCUCUGGAAGGCAUUUGGUUGGUGUGUCACAGUGAAGGGGUUUAGAUUAUGACACUGGCCAAGAGUACAGAUAUAACGUGCUUAUAAGGUUGGCUGAAAUCCUUGGCUGGAAAGGUUGACACUUCGUGUGAACCCACACCAAUUGAACCAUUUUGAGCUUACUGGGCUGGCAAUUUAGGGUACAACCACACACAUACAUAGUCUGACCAGCAAAAGAGAUUUCAGAAUAUGAAUAGAAAAUAUUUGAAUAAAUUUGUUCAUAAAACUACCUGGAUAGAAGCUCACUAUCCAAGCAAAUGGAAUUUAUUGGGCCAAAAUAGUUUAUCUGUCAGAUUUAAUCUACCAGUAGUAGACACAACAACCUCAAUGCUAAAAUGUGCUAUCACUGAAAGUGUUAUGCAGAUAUGCCAGCAUUUUUUACCUUUUUUCUUUUUUAUUAUUUUUGUCUAAUCAAUAAAAUGCAUGCAGUGUAAGUGGUUUUAUAAACAAAAAAGAAUAUGGUUGAAAGUGUACAUGCAUCUGACUUGCUGCAAUAAGCACAAUGAACAUUUUAAAUUGAAAAAAAUUUGAAUACUUUAUAUUUACCAUGUAAUUUUCAUUUCAUCUGUUUAUCCUCACUGCGUCUAAACCCUACACCAUGAAACACCAUGAAGAACUUGCUAAUUAACUAACUCAUAUAUAUAUA